UUUUCCUUUCCUUUCUGUUUCACUUUCUUUCCACCAAACUCAACUCCAUUCCUCGAGCAAGGCGAAGCUUUUACACACAUUCUUAACUUUGCCCACUCCACAAAGGAAUUAAUCUCUAUCCCUCCAUUCGCUUCUUUUCAUUCACAUGGCAUUUCGAGGAGCAUCCUUUCUGCUCUUUGUUAACUGGCUAUGUAUCGUCAUUUGGCUCACAACUUCAUUUGACUCGACUGAUGCAUCCAUCGUUGUGCUUGCGACCAAUGACAGCUAUGUUGACAGGACUGCUGCAUUUGGACCUCGGAUUCCAGAGGAAGGAUUGGUCCUAAAUCUUAUCGCAAUCGAAACUUUGGAUCAAAAUGAGGCAACAACUGCCUGUGUUCCAAUUACGGAGGAGAGACGACUGCCUUUAGCCAAUAUCUCAUGGGUUGCUCUGGUUGAACGAGGAGGACGCUGUAGCUUUGUGGACAAGGUCCGUAAUAUGCAAGCCAGCGGUGCAAAAGCUGUUAUCGUUGGUGAUAAUCAAAAGGAUGGUUUGAUUACCAUGUAUGCCCGAGAAGAUACAUCGGAUGUUUUAAUUCCAUCUGUCUUCAUCACUCAAAAUCAUUAUCGGGAGUUGCGAUAUUUUGGCAUGGAACUUGGCAAAAACUUUUUGGUCAAAUUGUUGCCUGAUGAGAUUGACUGGCCUCUGCUCGAUGUCAUCAUCUUUAUUAUCUUAUCACCAGCAUUCGUAGUGCUUUUCUUGUUCUUUUUGUGGAAAAUGCGUCUUCGUCAACAACGUUUAGCAGAUCUAGCUCCACCCGAAAUCGUCAGCAAUUUGCCUGUCAAGGUCUUCUUCGAAUCCAAACUCAAAUCCGAUGAUCCUGUGGAAUGUGUGAUCUGUCUAGAAGAGUAUGCGGAUGAAGACGAACUGAGAAUAUUGCCAUGCCGACAUGAAUACCAUGUUGCAUGUAUUGAUAACUGGCUGAUGAACCGAAAGAAGUUCUGCCCAAUUUGCAAACGAGAUAUCUGUGCACCAACAGAGGCAACACCACUGCUUGGAUCAAGAUCAACAGUCGCAGCAGCAGCAACGGCAACACCCGGUUCAAGAGGAAGAAUCAGCGAAACUAAUUCAUCCACAGCAUCUCCAUCACCAUCAUCCUCUUCAUCAUCAUCCUCUUCUUCUUCCUCACCCAGACAGUAUCGAGACACAACAAACAUGAUACAACCAACAGUGGUCGAAACAACACAAAAUCAAAACAACACUGAUGCAGUGGUCAUCCAUUUGAACUCUGGCUCUAUCAACCAGUAACUCAGGAUGCUAAAAAAGUUUAAAUCAAUUUUCUAGUGCAGAGAAUCUACACGUCGAACUUUUGUUUUUUAAUUCGCGUGUGAAUACAAUAGAACUUCCCAACAGCUGUGGAUUAUCAACAACCAUGGUGUUGUACUCAUGCUGUUGCUGCUUCCUUUAAACCUAAA